GAGGACCUCUCAGACCCCGGCCCUCUCAAGAGGAGGCAGCGGAUCUCCCCCAAGGCCUUUUGGAUCCAGGCUGAUCAUGUCACGCCUGAACCUUCCACAGUGGCGUACAUGAACACUCGCGAGCUGAAAUUCGCGAUGAUGAAUGAGGCCUACCUUGUGCGGAAGUGGCGCAGUGGGCAGCCGAAGGGACAAGCCCCUGGUGUGGGCCAUUCGCCGGGCCUGCCAGCAGAGGCCCAGGAGCUUUGGAUGGCCUUCGGCUAUCGCGCGGCGGAAUUGGCCUGCGGUCGUUCGGUGCAACCGAUGCCCGGGGAGCCGGAAGGCGUGGAAGGUCGUGUUCCCAGGGUGCAGUGCAGCUUGCAGAGCACUUUGCGGUUUCUGCAGGCCAUGGCAUCCGUCCAAGCUGGGCCUCACAGUGCGGUGCUGGUGCUGGUGAAUCGCGUGCUGGAGAACCUCCGAGACCUGAACCCGCACCAGGGCUUCUAUGUGUUGCAAGCGAUGAGCCGGCUACGGCUGAAGCAUCCUAAGGCGGGUCGCGUGCUGCGGCACUUGAGUCUCGCUUGGCGCUCCUUGGUGGAGAAGACCUUUGUGAAGAGCGCGAAUGCGGUGGCCAAGUUGGACCUGUCCCAGGAGCUUUGGGCGAAGCCAUUGAAGAUGACAUUGUUCACCUGGCUCUCCACCAUGUCGCCUCAGAACUUGUUGCGCCUCAAGGCCAUCGCCGUCAUGGAGCUCCUGGACGAAGGUGAGGCGAUGCGGAGCUACCUGCAGCGGUGUUUGGAGGAUCGACACCAUCUCGUGUAUUCUCGGCAUUUGCAAAUGGUGGAGUUGCAUGUGCACUUGUUGUACCCCAACUUGUGGAACUCCUUGUCCGAGGAGGUGAGGCUUUUUCUGGAAGAGAUCCGGGAAGCAGCCAAUGCCAGCCGAGAGGACUCUCACUCCGACGACGAUGACUUGCCCGCGACCGAGCUGGUCCGGCAGUUCGAUCGGCAGCGCUUCAACUCGGAGCUUCAUCAGGAGGUGAGCCGCAUGCUGAGCUCUAUGGGCCUUCAGCAUCGGAACAAGCUCUCAGCAGGGCCCAUGGUGCUGGAUAUUCACCUGGCUGAGAUGUGCAUCGUGGAAGCCGCGCCUGCGUGGCAAUACUAUCUGCGCUCCUCGCAUCUCACGGCCCUGGCGCGACGGCGCCAGGAGAUGCUCCAGGCCAUGGGCUUCCAGGUGAUCGUCAUCCCACACUUCGAGUGGUUUCAGCUGGAGUCUCCCGAUGCUCAGCGUGAGUUCCUGCGGCAACGCUUGCCCAAAGAGGCCUGGCAUCCGAACCUCCACGGACGCCACGAGCCGCGUGGCGAGCCGCGUGGCGAGCCGCGUGGCGAGCCGCGUGGCGAGCCGCGUGGACGCUGAAGAAUCAGGCUAGAUGUCGAACGACGGGAAGCACGGGAUGAAGCGAUUUCUGGAGACGUGAAGAGGAGGGCUGACCUCCGAAGCGCGAGCAGAUGCUGAGAGGAGGUGGGUGAGGCUGAAAAAGGGCCGGACUUGUCACAGCGCAGGGGGUGUGACAAUGGCCACUUCUGUAUUGACAGACACAGCCCUUAGCAGAAGCGGUUCUAAG